CCCCCCACCAGGCGUGCGGGCUUCCCCCACCCCCGGCGGCGACCCCACCUCCCGCCCCCGCGGCGUGCGCGCGUGUGUCCGUCUGUCUGUCUUCUCUCUCGACGUCAGUGGGAAUUUCCAGCCAGGAAGUGAGAGAGUGAGCGAGAGAGAAAGAGAGAGAAGUGCACCAGCGAGCCGGGGCAGGAAGAGGAGGUUUCGCCACCGGAGCGGCCCGGCGACGCGCCGACAGCUUCCCCUGCUCUUCCCGUCGGUCGGGCCUCUCACCGCCGCCCUCCGCCAGCGUCCCGCCGCCAGCCUCACUCGAGAGCCCGGGGCAGCCCAGGCCGGAGCCGCCGCGGCCGGGAAGGCGGCGACGCCGUGGUCCCGCAGCCGCGCGCCCGGCGUUACCUCCGCCCGCGCUGCGGCCAUGGCGCGGCGCUGACUGGCCCGGCGAGACCGCGCGCCCGCCCGGACCCGAUCCGACCCGCUCCGGCUCCGGCCGGCCGCCGCCUCUUCCUUCCUCGGCCCCCAGGCCCGCGCCGCCCCGGAGCGGGAGCCACAGGCGCAAGGAGGCCGAGCGCGGACCCGCCAGCAGGCUCCAGAAUGGCAGAAGACGACCCAUAUUUGGGAGGGCAUGAACAAAUGUUUCAUUUGGAUCCUUUGAAUCAUACAAUAUUUAAUCCAGAAUUAUUUCCACCAGAGAUGCCACUGCCAACAGCAGAUGGCCCAUACCUUCAAAUAUUAGAGCAACCUAAACAGAGAGGAUUUCGUUUCCGUUAUGUGUGUGAAGGCCCCUCCCAUGGCGGACUCCCUGGUGCAUCUAGUGAAAAGAACAAGAAGUCCUAUCCUCAGGUCAAAAUCUGCAACUAUGUGGGACCUGCAAAGGUUAUUGUUCAGUUGGUCACAAAUGGAAAAAACAUCCACCUGCAUGCACACAGCCUGGUGGGAAAACACUGUGAGGAUGGCAUCUGCACUGUAACUGCUGGACCCAAGGACAUGGUGGUCGGCUUUGCAAACCUGGGUAUACUUCACGUGACAAAGAAAAAAGUAUUUGAAACACUGGAAGCACGAAUGACAGAUGCAUGUAUAAGGGGCUAUAACCCCGGACUUUUGGUGCAUCCUGAUCUUGCCUAUUUACAAGCAGAAGGGGGAGGAGACCGGCAGCUCACAGAUCGGGAAAAGGAGAUCAUCCGCCAGGCAGCUCUUCAGCAGACAAAGGAGAUGGACCUCAGCGUGGUGCGGCUUAUGUUUACAGCCUUCCUUCCAGACAGCACCGGCAGCUUCACGAGGCGCCUGGAACCCGUGGUGUCGGACGCCAUCUAUGAUAGCAAAGCCCCCAAUGCCUCCAACUUGAAAAUAGUAAGGAUGGACAGGACAGCUGGAUGCGUAACUGGAGGGGAAGAGAUUUAUCUUCUCUGUGACAAGGUUCAGAAAGAUGAUAUCCAGAUUCGAUUUUACGAGGAGGAGGAAAAUGGUGGAAUCUGGGAAGGAUUCGGAGAUUUUUCCCCCACAGAUGUUCAUAGACAAUUUGCCAUCGUCUUCAAAACUCCAAAGUAUAAAGAUGUCAACAUUACAAAACCAGCCUCUGUGUUCGUCCAGCUUCGGAGGAAAUCUGAUUUGGAAACCAGUGAACCAAAACCUUUUCUCUACUAUCCUGAAAUUAAAGAUAAAGAGGAAGUGCAGAGGAAACGGCAGAAGCUCAUGCCCAAUUUCUCAGAUAGUUUCGGUGGCGGCAGUGGGGCGGGAGCUGGAGGUGGAGGCAUGUUCGGCAGCAGCGGUGGAGGCGGUGGUGCUGGAAGUACCGGCCCAGGGUAUGGCUUCCCACACUAUGGAUUUCCUACAUAUGGUGGAAUUACCUUCCACCCUGGAACCACUAAAUCUAAUGCUGGGAUGAAGCAUGGAACCAUAGACACCUCAUCUAAAAAUGACCCUGAAGGUUAUGACAAGAGUGAUGACAGAGAGGCCAUAAAUCUCUCCGGGCAGGCAGCAGAGACCACCAAGCAAGAUAAAGAGUCCUGCAAGCGGGGCGCUGAGGCUGAUCUGGCGUACUCAGUAGGAGUAAAGGAGGAGAAGCACAGCUCCCAGGAUAACCUCUUUCUGGAGAAGGCUGUGCAGCUUGCCAAGCAGCAUGCCAAUGCCCUUUUUGACUACGCAGUGACAGGAGAUGUGAAGAUGCUGCUGGCUGUCCAGCGCCAUCUCACUGCAGUGCAGGACGAGAAUGGGGACAGUGUCUUACACUUAGCAAUCAUCCACCUUCAUGCUCAGCUUGUGAGAGAUCUGCUAGAAGUCACAUCUGGCUUGAUUUCUGAAGAAAUUAUCAACAUGAGAAAUGAUCUCUACCAGACACCCUUGCACUUGGCAGUGAUCACCAGGCAGGAGGCUGUGGUGGAGGACUUGCUGAGGGCCGGGGCCGACCUCACCCUCCUGGACCGCUCGGGUAACUCUGCUUUGCACCUGGCUGCCAAAGGAGGACACGAUGAAAUUCUCAGCAUUUUACUCAAGCACAAGAAGGCAGCACAACUUAUCAACCACCCCAACGGGGAAGGUCUGAACGCCAUUCACGAGGCCAUGAUGAGCAACAGCUUGCCGUGUCUGCUGCUGCUCGUGGGCGCCGGGGCUGACGUCAACGCUCAGGAGCGGAAGUCGGGGCGCACGGCGCUGCAUCUGGCCGUGGAGCACGACAACAUCUCCUUGGCUGGCUGCCUGCUCCUGGAGGGUGAUGCCCAUGUAGACAGCACCACCUAUGACGGAACUACACCCCUGCACAUAGCAGCUGGGAGAGGGUCCACGAGGCUGGCAGCUCUUCUCAAGGCAGCAGGAGCAGAUCCCCUGGUGGAGAACUUUGAGCCUCUGUACGACCUGGAUGACUCUUGGGACGAGGAUGGAGAGGAUGAAGGAGUCCUGCCAGGAACCACUCCUCUGGAUAUGGCCACCAGCUGGCAGGUAUUUGACAUAUUAAAUGGGAAACCCUAUGAGCCAGAGUUUACAUCUGACGAUUUACUAGCACAAGGAGACAUGAAACAGCUGACUGAAGAUGCGAAGUUGCAGCUCUACAAGUUGCUAGAAAUUCCUGAUCCAGACAAAAACUGGGCUGCCCUGGCACAGAAAUUAGGUCUGGGGAUACUAAAUAAUGCCUUCCGGCUGAGUCCUGCUCCUUCCAGAACUCUCAUGGACAACUACGAGGUCUCUGGGGGGACAAUAAAAGAGCUGGUGGAGGCCCUGAGGCAGAUGGGCUACACCGAAGCCAUUGAAGUGAUCCAAGCAGCCUUCUGCACGUCGGGCAGUGCGGCCACCAGCCCGGUGGAGGCUGCCCCCCAGGCCCACUCGCUGCCCUUCUCGCCUGCUUCCACAGGGCAGCAAAUAGACGAGUUCCGGGACGACAGCGUCUGUGACAGCGGCGUAGAGACAUCCUUCUGCAAACUCAGCUUCACAGAGUCUCUGACCAGCGGCAGCUCCUUGCUAACUAUUAACAAAGUGCCCCACGAUUACGGGCAGGAAGGACCUCUAGAAGGGAAAAUUUAGCCUGCUGGCAGCUUCCAACACCGAGUAAACCAAAGCUCUGAAAUUCCACCGCGUUGUCCAGAGGAAGGAAGUGCAUCCGAAGUGCUCCGAGGAAUACCGGCCUGCUUGGAUCGCGCUGGGUGUAAUUCAAGGCCUUAAACGUGGAUUUCUUCUUUGGUUCUGAAAUGAAUUUUAGUUCAGUUGACUUACCGAUAGCGUCUACGAUCACAGCCCGCGGCUGGGCCGACGCCUCUUCGGGAGUGCGGUAGCUUGUUGAGCUUUACCAGCUGCUUUCUGUUCUCAUUGCUGCUGUCCCUCUGCUGCUUCCCCACUGUCAUUAAAAGUUGUCACAGUCCCUACUGGGUGUUCCUUCUGGCCGUCCAUAGCACAGUUGUGCAUUCAGAUUAAGGAUUAUGAAUUUUAAAGUGAGAGUUAUUUGGUGUGUGAUUUAAAAAAAAAAAAAAAAAAGAAGGCUCAUUAGGACUUCCCUGGCUGUCCUGUGGUUAGGACUCGGUGCUUCCACUGCAGGAGGCCCGGGUUCGAUCCCUGGUUGGGGAACUAAGAUCCCGCAAGCUUGAGUGGCUGGGAAAAAAAAAAAAAAAAAAAAAAAAAAGCUCACUGCUUUUCCUAAUGUGGUUCUCUCUGUGAUUUGAAAAAAGAAUAUGUACAUGUUAGUAUUUAAACAUGGUUACAAUCAGUCCUGAAAAUGGUAUUUCCCCCCUUGGCUGCAUUUUGCUAUUGUAAAUAUGUUUUUUAGAUCAAAUACUUUAAAGGAAAAAAUGUUGGAUUUAUAAAUGCUAUUUUUUAUUUUACUUUUAUAAUAAAAGGAAAAGUAAAUUGA